UUUCUCUCUCUCUUCUUUCUCUCUCUCUCUCUCUUCUUUCUCUCUCUCUUCUUUCUGCUCCACCUCCAUAGAAACUGCCUCUCCCUCUAUCUGUCUUUCUCUUUCUAGGGCAGAAAUGCAGCAGAGCUUGAUCUGACUUGUCCUCCCUCCAUGCUGGCUUCUCCUUCGGACUUAUUUGACUGACUCACGCUGGGACAUGGCCGUUUCUGUCUCUAUUCAGUGUUUGGGACUUAUUAUACUCGCUGCAGUCCUCCUCCAGACCAUUGCUGUCGCCGUCAGUUUUAUGUACUUCAACAAAGUCCUGAACUCGAUGCAGGAGAGUUUUUCCAGAAGCAGUGUGUCUUGUCUGAUCAACGCAAAUCAGCGCUCUGAGUCAAAAGGUUCAGCGGAGGACAAGAAAAGCGAUCCCUGCUGGCAAGUCACGCAACAGCUCCACUACCACAUAGAGAAGACGAUGGCUGACCGUUUCCAGAAGGAGAUAACCACUGCCAUGAGAGACAAGCUAACAGGGAUGAUGCCUGUCCUGAGUCCUGGGGUCCAAGGGGUCCCACUUCCUAAAGUUGCUGCACAUGUCACCGGUGUUACCUCGUCCACAGAGACUCCAAAAACAGAUGGCUUGCGGAGCAGCAAGGGGUACUUGGGAGAGCGGAUCAGAGCAUGGGAGGGCCAGAGAGGUCUGUCUUUCCUACAGAACAUGGAACUCAGAGAAGGAGAGCUGCUGGUGCCCCGAACAGGCCUCUACUACAUCUACGCUCAGACCUACUUCAGACUGCCCUCCACGGGGGAGACUGAUGGAGAGGCAAAGGGGGAGACGGGGGAGGAAGAAGGGGCACAGCUUGUCCAGUAUAUCUACAAGAAGAUGAGUUCCUACACAGUGCCAAUCCUCCUGAUGAAGUCCUCCCGCAGUGCCUGCUGGCCUCGAGGUCUGGAGCCUGGUCUCUUCUCCCUGCAUCAGGCUGGUACUGCCUUCCUACAGCCUGCAGACCGCCUCUUCAUCAGCGUUAGCAAUGCCAGCGCCAUGGAGAUGGACGGGAGGGCGAGCUACUUCGGGGCCUUUCUUGUUGGCUAAAAAGAAGAGAACUAAGAUAGAAGUAUCUUUGACUGGGAUUACUUGAUAUAACCAUCAGCAGAAAUAACCCAAGUUUCAGGGUUUGCUCGUUAAACUGGGCAGCUGUCUGAGAGCACAGGAUUGGUUAAGAAGAAUCAACCGUGAGGAGUACAAGGGGCUUCUUCUGGAGCAUGGGGCUGAGGGGUCAGACUCUCAGUGACUCAGUGAAGAGCCAUUGUGUGUAUUAGCCCAAGCACAGGUUUAUAUUUAAACCUCACACAGCUUCUUAACUUCGCUCUUGAGACGGGUAGACUGUGGAGUUGACUGUGACGGUGCCAACGUGGAUUAUAUGAUGCAUUCAGGGCACAGGACAUUUGGAUCCAUUAGUUCAAUGGAUGCAGAAGUGCUCUGAUGUGUGAAUGACUGGCUGCAGGUCAGACAGUCAGGUGUAAGUGCUGAUGGACAGAGGACACUAGACCGGUCUGAUAAAUGUAAAGAAUGCAACAUGAUUGUGGAUCUUCAGUGCAAUGAAUGAAGCUUAUUUUUGAAUACACUACUUCUGAAUCGUC